ACAAACCCCUUUUUAAGACCAACUGUGCUUUCUCCGAUGCACUUGUCUUCUUCACGUCCAACAUCACUAUCUUUGUUAUUGUAAUCUCUCUCUCACAUUCCCCAUGGGUGUGGUCCUCUUUACCUCUUUAUAUCUCUCUCAUCACUUUCUUCAGUUCUUCAAACAUUACAUCUAAUACUACUCUACUUCUUCUUCUCCCUCUAUUGCUUUUCUUGCCAAACCAAAACCAUUUUUCCUUGUGCAUUGCAUAUCUUGUGCGUUUCUAAACCCCUAGGCGAGAAAGUUUCUCGGUUUCCGGUCAUUAUUACGGUGGUCUUUUUCCCGAACAUGUCGAGCAGAAGGUCGAGACAGUCGAGUGCGGGCGUUUCGAGGAUUUCCGAUGAGCAGAUCAUUGAACUGAUCUCGAAGUUACGGCAGCUCCUCCCCGAGAUUCGCGAGAGGCGUUCCGAUAAGGCAUCGGCAUCCAAGGUUUUACAAGAGACUUGCAAUUAUAUCAGAAACUUGCACAGGGAGGUGGACGACCUAAGUGAGCGGCUCUCGCAGCUGUUGGCCACCAUUGAUGCAGACAGUGCCGAGGCUGCAAUAAUCAGGAGUUUAAUUAUGUAACAUAUAAA